CAUCGUACAGCUCGUCCGCCGCGCAGAAUUCAGGUUAUCGCUUCGGUAGUCCCCGGCGGCGCGCACGUGAGCUCGAUGAUACGCGCGUGAAAAAAAAAACAGCGAUCGGCCUAUUAUCUCCUAUAGUGGAUUUUCGGUAUACAAGUAUAUCUGUCUUAGCGCAAUAAAUUACGCGUACACGCGUCGCUGUAGGUGUGGCGCGUUGCCAGGUGACACUGCUGCUUGUUUGUUUAUAUUUCUUUUCGCACAUGCGAGUUUAUUUAUAAGUAUAUAUAAGCAGGAGAACGUGAAAGUGAGAGCGCGACUGACUUCGCGAAGUGAAAGUCUAGCACCAUAUGUGUGCGCGACUCGUUCCCGUGUAUAUUUGCCUCCGGUAUAGAUAGGUGACUUUUGAUCGGGACAAGUAUUUGCUCGAAUAUUCCGUGCGGGGCCGGUGAUGGUACGACGAGUGUAUGGUAUCAGUGACACUGCAGAGUCGAUCGGAAAACAUGGAAACGAAGGAAAAUUGCCUGUCCGCGCAGCUGAAACUCGACGAAGCUUGCGUUACAUUAGCCAGCGAAUUGGACUCAGCGAACCUCUGGCUCUACACGUUAUCGGCUGAUUGCGUUGCGUGUCCCUACACGAAGACGGCCAAGUUGGAGAAAUACGAGCCGUUCGACUUGAGCGUAAACACGGCGAGGUCCCAGUCCUGGAGGGUCAUCGAGAGCCUCGGAAACGAGACCUACAUCUCCGCGUCGAACAGAGAUGGCCUGCACUGUCAGCUCGCGCCGAGGCUCGGCGAGCACGGGAUUUACGAAUUCACGGCGCGCGCUAACGAGAGCUGCGAGCUGCGGGUGAUCAAGGAGCCAGAGAACCCGUACAUUCCCCUGGGAAUCGGACUCGGUCUGCUGGUCCUGCUGCUGACGAGUCUCGCGCUUCUAAAAUUCAUCCGCGGCUGUAUCGACAAAUGCCGCAGCAGAGCCGCCGCCGACGAGGACGAGCUGGAGGUGGGAAAAAAAACGGCGAAGAGGAGGGUCAGGUCGCUCGAUACCGUGCGAGGAAUGAGCAUCCUCCUGAUGAUCUUCGUGAACAACGGGGCGGCCGGCUACGCGCUGCUGGAGCACGCGACCUGGAACGGCCUGCUCGUCGGAGAUUUAGUGUUUCCAUGCUUCAUGUGGAUCAUGGGCGUGUGCAUCCCCUUAUCCAUCUCGGCGCAGCUGUCCCGCGGGAGCUCGAGGCUCCGGCUCUGUCGGGCGAUCGUCAAGCGCAGCGUCUAUUUGUUCGCCAUAGGACUGGCGCUGAAUACGCUGGGAGGGCGUAACCAGCUCGAGAGAAUACGGAUCUUCGGGGUGCUGCAGCGCUUCGGCCUGGCUUACCUGGUAGCCGGCAUUGUUUACGCGCUCGCCGCGCGCCCGGACGAUAAACAAUCAAAGCGAAUGCUGGGGGACGUCGUGGCUCUGAUACCGCAGUGGAUCGUUGCCCUGCUAAUACUGGCAGCUCAUUGCGCCGUCGUCUUUCUGCUACCCGUGCCCGGAUGUCCGAGGGGUUACCUGGGACCGGGCGGCCGGCACGCUGAUGGCAAAUAUUGGAACUGCUCGGGCGGCGCGACCGGUUACGUGGACAAGGUCCUGCUGGGCGUUGACCAUAUUUAUCAAUUACCCACGGCAAACAGCGUCUACGGCUCCGGACCUUUCGAUCCCGAAGGAGUUUUGGGCUCGCUGACGUCGAUCUUCCAGGUCUUCCUGGGCAUCCAGGCCGGCCAGAUCCUGCGCACCUACGGCUCCUGGAAAGCUCGACUCGUGCGUUGGCUGCUGUGGGCCGUCCUCCUCGGAGCCGUCGGUGCGGCUCUGCACUACACCAACGUCGUUCCCGUCAAUAAAAAUCUAUGGUCCGUAUCGUUCGUCCUGGUGACGACGUGCUUCUCGCUGGGACUGCUGUCGCUGUGCUACCUGCUGAUCGACGUGCUCGGCGUCUGGGACGGCGGACCCUUCAGGGUACCAGGCAUGAACGCCCUGGUGAUGUACGCGGGCCACCAGAUCCUGUACGACAUGUUCCCGUUUCACUGGCGCUACGGCCCGAUGAACAGCCACACCUGGCUCCUGGCCGAGAGUCUCUGGUGCGUUGGACUCUGGACGUACGUGGCCUACGCUAUGCAUCGGAAGAAGUUCUACGUCGCCCUGUGAACUUGCAAGCACGCGAUACACUCCCGACAAUAAAGACAAACGUUGAGAUAUAUAA